CGCUGCUCCUUCCUUCCUCCUCUUCCUCCUCUUCCUCCUUCCCGUUGACACUCACGACUGGAGAAGCACGCGUUUCAUCCACCGGCCUGGUCUCACACCGACAAGACAAAAAAAACACAGCACACCAUGAGUUCAGUGGACUUUCUGGCCCAGGAGAAGAUCUGGUUCGACAAACCUCGCUAUGACGAGGCAGAAAGACGCUUCUAUGAGCGCAUGAACGGCUCCUCACAACCCACACAGGAUGUUGGAGCGAACACCAUUCUGCAAGACAUCGCUCGGGCCCGAGAGAACAUCCAGAAAUCUCUAGCAGGACUGAAGACUACACUGUGUAGCAGAGGGUCUGGUCAUCCUUCCCUGAGCCAACAGUCCCAGCUUAGCAGCAGCAGUGCAGCUGAUCAAGGAGAACUCGUCUGUCGCAUCAAGAGCCUGGAGGUGGAGAACCAGAGCUUACACAAAGUGGUGGAUGACUUGAGGGCUGCACUUUCCAAACUGGAGUGUCGAGUAGCAGUUCUGGAGAAAUCUCCUGCGGCUGUGACCGCAGCUCCCGCUCCUUCAGUUCCCUACACAAAUGGCACCACUGUCCAGCAGAAGACCAGCGCCCCGGUUAAAGAGGAGGAGGAGGAAGGGGAUGAUGAUGAUGAUGACAUUGACUUGUUCGGCAGUGAUGAAGAUGAAGAGGCAGAGAAACUCAAAGAGCAGAGGUUGAAAGAGUACGCAGAGAAGAAGGCCAAGAAGCCUGGUGUCAUCGCCAAGUCUUCCAUUUUAUUGGAUGUAAAACCUUGGGAUGAUGAAACCGACAUGGUGAAGCUGGAGGAGUGCGUGCGCUCGGUGCAGGCAGACGGCCUGUUAUGGGGCACGUCCAAACUGGUUCCUGUGGGUUACGGCAUCAAGAAGCUCCAGAUCGCUUGUGUGGUGGAGGAUGACAAGGUGGGAACAGACAUGCUGGAGGAAGAAAUCGUCAAGUUUGAAGACUAUAUCCAGAGCGUCGAUGUAGCAGCUUUCAACAAGAUCUGAUUCCAGUGUGUCUCUUUCUCUGUUUCUUCACGCCUUGUUUCUCUGCUGAUUGUGUCAACGGUUAAUAAUAAAAAACAACUCUUGCACUGAA